GGGGCCGGCGCCGGGUCCUCCGAGGCGCUCGGCCCGCGGUGUCAACUCGGCCCGGGGCGCCGUAGCAGGCGGAGCAGGUGCUUGUCAAGGCCGGGCCAUGCUCAUGUUCAUGGCCUCUGACAGCGAGGAGGAAGUAUGCGAUGAGCGGACGUCCCUGAUGUCAGCGGAGAGCCCCCCGGCACGCUCCUGCCAAGAGGGCAGGCCAGGCCUGGAGGACGGAGAGAACCCUGCCCAGCGGAGGACCCAGGACGGCGAGGAGGACGGUGAGGAGGACGCCGAUCACUACAUCUGCAGCGGGGUUCCUGGACGGCCGUCGGGCCUGGAGGAGGAGCUGACCCUCAAGUACGGGGCGAAGCAUGUGGUCCUGCUGUUCGUGCCUGUCACGCUGUGCGUGAUUGUCGUGGUGGCCACCAUCAAGUCCGUGCACUUCUAUACAGAGAAGAACGGGCAGCUCAUCUACACACCUUUCACCGAGGACACGCCCUCGGUCGGCCAGCGCCUCCUCAACUCGGUGCUGAACACCCUCGUCAUGCUCAGUGUCAUCGUGGUCAUGACCGUCUUCCUGGUGCUGCUCUACAAGUAUCGGUGCUACAAGUUCAUCCACGGCUGGCUGAUCACGUCUUCCCUCAUGCUGCUCUUCCUCUUCACCUUCAUCUACCUUGGGGAAGUGCUCAAGACCUACAACGUGGCCAUGGACUACCCCUCUGUCCUCCUGGCAGUCUGGAACUUUGGGGCAGUGGGCAUGGUGUGCAUCCACUGGAAGGGGCCGCUGGUGCUCCAGCAGGCCUACCUCAUUGUGAUCAGCGCACUCAUGGCCCUGGUGUUCAUCAAGUACCUGCCCGAGUGGUCCGCCUGGGUCAUCCUGGGUGCCAUCUCUGUAUACGAUCUUGUGGCUGUGCUUUGCCCCAAAGGGCCACUAAGGAUGCUGGUGGAAACUGCCCAGGAGAGAAAUGAGCCCAUAUUUCCUGCCCUGAUAUACUCAUCUGCCAUGGUGUGGACAGUGGGCAUGGCAAAGCUGGACCCUUCCUCUCAGGGGGCACUGCAGCUCCCUUAUGACCCAGAGAUGGAAGAAGACUCCUACGACAGUUUCGGGGAGCCCUCAUAUCCUGAAGCCUUUGAGCCCCCCCUGCCUGGUUACCCAGGGGAGGAACUGGAGGAAGAGGAGGAAAGGGGCGUGAAGCUGGGCCUGGGAGACUUCAUCUUCUACAGUGUCCUGGUGGGCAAGGCGGCGGCCACGGGAAGUGGAGACUGGAACACCACGCUGGCCUGCUUCGUGGCCAUCCUGAUCGGCCUGUGUCUGACUCUCCUGCUGCUUGCUGUCUUCAAGAAGGCGCUGCCUGCCCUCCCCAUCUCCAUCACCUUUGGGCUCAUCUUUUACUUCUCCACCGACAACCUGGUGCGCCCUUUCAUGGACACCUUGGCCUCCCACCAGCUCUACAUCUGACGUGCAAACAGAGCCUGGAUCCUCGCUGGAUGCAGGUGUAGAGUUUCAGACUCUAGUGCCAUAUAUUUGGAAGACUUUCUUUCCUUAAGAAAAAAAAAAAAGAAUGAAGUGUGUUUACUUCAUGGAAGCAAGCCAGAGCUGCUUUUUGGUGUGAGCUGUUUUGUCACCGGACUGCGGCUUUCCCACAAGAACCCGCGUCACCCGCGGGACGUGCAGCAGGUGUUUUUGCAGGGACGUGUGUGGAGUGUUGCUCAGAGGAUGCCCAUCCUGCCCAGGGCUGCAGCCCUCCAGGACUGAGCCAAGAGGAAGUGUCUUAAACUGUGGGGACCAGGAGGCAUGCUCCGAUAGGGCACUAAGCACUGUCACACUGGCUGGAGGAGAAAAGUGGGUUUCCUGUCAGGAAAUGUCCCCAGUAGUUCAUUUGUGAUGUCACUGUUACUUUAUUACCUAUAGAAACCAAGUCCUGCUCCUGUUACGGCAGUGACGGCUGGGAAGCGGCUUCGUGUCAUUACCAAUAAAUAGAUGCUCCUGUUGAAA